AUGGCUGACUCUCUUUCCGUGUCGGACUCAUCGGACUCUAGCAACGAGGAGGGCUGGGAGGAUCUCGAGCCCGAGGACGAGUCGCAGCCCGUUGUUGGCCUUUUCACUCACGAUGUGUUUCCCGAUGUGCGCGCGAUGCUCAAGGAGUGCAAGGACAAGCACAAUUUCGAUUUGGUGAAGAUCCAGAAGGACCUUGGCCUGGACUUCCUGGACAUGAUCAAGCUGGUCAACUAUGUUCGCACCCAAGUCAAGUCCGGGAACAUGACACCCGAUGUCUCGACCAAGGCCCAAUUCGCCGACGAUGCCUACCUCAAACCAGUGCUGGAAGACGACGCCCUUCUGUACAGCUUGGAUGACCUCGCCGACGACCAGGGCGAAGACGCAGCCCCCGGUACCGAGGCCGAGCGCCAGGUGCUUGAGCUGCAGGAGGAUCUGGAACGUCUUCAGACACAGUUCUCUGAGUAUAGACUCGCCGUGCAGAAGUCAAUGGAGGACCAGCUGUCCAAGGAAGAGGAGAAGCUCGACAAUGCUCCGUCUGCCCAGACGGCCGAUAGAAUCCAGGAGGCUGAAGAUGGUUACUUUGUAUCCUACUCCUACAAUGGAAUCCAUGAGUCCAUGCUGAAGGACACCGUGCGCACCGAUUCCUACCGCGAUUUCGUCUACGACAACAAGCACCUUUUCAAGGACAAGGUGGUUCUGGACGUGGGUUGCGGCACCGGCAUUCUGUCCAUGUUCUGCGCUCGCGCGGGUGCCAAGAAGGUUAUCUCAGUCGACAACUCGAACAUCAUCGACCGCGCCAGGGAGAUUGUGUACGCCAAUGGACUGGGCGAUGUCAUCACAUGCAUUCGCGGCAAGAUUGAAGAGGUGACACUCCCCGUACCGCAGGUCGACAUCAUCAUCUCCGAAUGGAUGGGCUAUGCGCUCCUGUUCGAGGCGAUGUUCGACUCCGUCAUCUACGCCCGAGACCGCUACCUCGCCCCGGACGGUCUCAUGGUCCCCUCGCACGCCACGCUGCGGAUCGCGCCCUUCGCAGACCCAGAUUUCGUUGCAUCGCACAUCUCCUUCUGGAACAACGUGUACGGAUUCGACAUGAAGAGCAUGCUCAUGAAUAUCUACGACGAGGCUCUUGUGCGCAGUAUUCAGCCGAAAUCUACGCCUGGCGAUUCCGCGGUGUUCCUCCCGCUUCCGCUGCACACCAUCACCGUUGACGAGUUGACUUUCCUGAAGGACUUCCAAGUCACCUUGAAGGAAGAUAUUGACGCACUGGAUGGAUGGACGAUCUGGUUCGAUAUCUUCUUCAUGCCGUCGAGGCAGUCUACCGUCCCGGACGAUGCUGUGCCGGCAGAUAUGCAGAAGAAGGGCAUUGUCGCCUUCACUACCGGUCCCGAUGGGACGGAAACUCAUUGGCAGCAGGCUAUUUGUCUGAUUGACCAUGGGAAGCACACUCCCAAGCCCCUCAAGAAGGGCCAGGUUAUUGCGGGCAAAGUCGGCUACGAGAAGAAGGAGACCGGGUCGCGGUUGUUGGAUAUCAAUAUUCAGUGGGAGGGCGAGGGCGAGAAGGGCAACCAGAAAUGGGACCUGAAAUAA